AAAGAACCUUUUCAAUUUGUUUUAAAUUUAUGUUAAUUUUUGCUCUCAUAAAAAAAUAAUAAAAAAAAUCGACAAAAUGAGUUUCGAUGAAGCAAUAAAUGCCUACUUCUUCAUUGACGAAACAAACGAUGACGAACCAGCCGAGCUUAGUUCAGCUUUUGCCACACUCAAAGAACACAUCAAAAAUGAUAAUCACAUCAAAUGGAUACAAUCCCAAGAAGGUUUCUCUUUAAUACGUUCUGGCAAACUAACCCGAAAAGAUGUCUUUAUAUUUGCUAAAUUUGAUGGUGAGCUAUUUGAACAAUUACAAACUACAAAAUGUUUAAUAGUUGGUCCAAAAUGCUUAAUUAAUUGCUUACACAAAUGUGAACCAAUUCCAUCGAGUUCAUCACCAAUUUUCACCACAGCAAUGAGAGGAUUGCAUAUAUCAGCAUCUGGUCUAAAUGCUGCUGAUAAAGAAAAGAUUAGAAUUUUAGUUUCUUGGAUGGGUGGGUCGUAUUUUCAGAAUUUAGGUCGUUCGAUUACACAUUUACUAUCGAAUACUAUCAAAUCGACAAAGUAUGAACAUGCUACUUUGAAUGGCAUUCCUGUAAUGCAUGUCGAAUGGGUUCAUAAUGUUUGGCAAAAGAGUUGCUCUACGAAUUCUGUCUCGGCGACAGAUCCCGAAUUUGACAAAUACAAAUUGCCAGUGUUCUAUGAGGUGAAUAUCACCUGCUCGGGAAUUGAUAGUGAGAAGAAAGCCGAGAUUAUGAGGCUCGUAGAGGAAAAUGGGGGAACCUAUAAUCGAGCUUUUCGGUCACAGUACACUGACAUUGUCAUUACCGAAAGAAACAAAGCGAAUUCUGAUAAAUAUCAGGCAGCUAUCAAGUACAAAAAAGACGUACUUGUCCCUGAGUGGAUAUUCGAUAGUGUGACUAAAGGUUUCGCUCUUCCAACAAAGAACUAUAAAGUCACUACGAUGAAAGCAUCCACUCCUACCAAAUCCGAUCAUAGUGUGAGUGAUUACACUCAACUUUCGGAUGUUUCUAGAAUCUCGGUUAUGAAUGCUAGCAAACGCAUGGAUUUAACCGUAAACGAUUCCAUUUGUUCCACUUUAAACGAAACUGGUCGAUCUCAGGGAAUGGCCAAAGCGGUUCUGACCAAACAGGCGAACUCCGUUGUUCCACAGUACAAAUCUAUUUUAGCUGAGAUUUGUCCAAAAAAGUCAAAGAAAGCAGGAACCUUUUUAGAUGGUUGUUGUAUCUAUUUAAGUGGUUUUCGUGGGGAGGAGAAGGAUAAAUUAAAUCGAAUCCUUAAUGCUGGAGGAGCGACUCGUUAUGAUGAAAUAAAUGAAAAUUUGACUCAUAUCAUAGUUGGUCAAUUAGAUGAGGCAGAUUUUCGUGCCUGGCGAAGUCAGGGAUUACUCUCAGUGGUGAAUAUAGUUCGCCUUGAUUGGCUUUUAGAAAGUAUAAAUCAAAAGCAACCGGCUAGUGAGAAUAUUUAUCGAGUCUCAUUGCCAACUAAUCGUGAGCCAGAUGCUCCAUCGCCGUCGAGUAAGAAAACUUUGCGAUCAAUGAAUCAUAGUUUUAAACAACCAGAUUUGCCAACGAGGAAGAGAUUGUUUUCUGGUGGUGCCAGUGCAACUCCGACUACUUCAGAACCACCAUCUUCUGAUAAUAGUUCAACACUCUCAAAAAAUGAAGAGGAUGAUUUGAUAUCACAGUACUCUCAAGAUACACCGGUUGUUUUAAUGCCACCACCACUACCUAUGGCAACACCGAGAUUGGAAGAUGCAUCAUCAAUUAGAAUGCCACCACCAAUGAGUUCUUCAACUCAAUCGAGUUCAGUUGGAGUUCCACCACCAGCUCCGGCUGUUUCAGCUCCAUUAACUACAGACUCGGAGAUGAGUAAUGGAUUGACAACAUUAGAUUAUGAGAAUUUGAAUUUCCUUCAAGGAAUGGCUGUUUAUAUUGAUCCGAAACAUUUUGAUGAUGAAUUUCAUACACAAUUGGUGUGUGAGUGUGAGGCAGCUCAUGGUAAUGUAGUGAAGGCGAAUUUUAGAGAUCCAGUUGAUUAUGCAAUUGUUUCGUUUGAGAAGACAUUGGAUGUGAAGAAAUUGCCGGUGAAGGCGAGGAAUAUUGUUACGGAACUUUAUGUGGAAGAAUGUAUGAAGCAAAACAAACUUGUCCCAAUUGAGUAUUUCCAUCGUCACAUUCCGAAUACUGCAGACGCUGGUCCUCUCAAAGGAAUGACUAUUGUCGUGAGCAUAUACGCCGGUCUAGAACGUGAUUUUGUUGAUGCUGUGGCACAACUUUUGGGAGCAUCUGUUAAUAAAACAUUUGUCAAGCGUGAGAAACCUCUGCUCAUAUGUCCCCAGCCUGAGGGUUCCAAAUAUGAGGGAGCUAUUAAGUGGCAAUAUCCAGUUGUUACAUCCAAAUGGUUACUAGAUUGCGCUGAAAUGGGAGAAAAACUUCCAUAUAAUGAUUAUCUUGUUGGCGAUAGUCCGCUAGACUUUCCAUCAUCUCCAGCACUACGGGAAAAGAAUUCAAAUGAAUUGUCUCGCACAUUGACUCCACGUGUAACACAACAAGCACCUGUUCGAAUGGAUACAAGUGAGUCAAUUGAAAAUGUUGCAGUGCCACCAGCAGUAGCAGCUCCAGCACCUGCUGCGAAUCUUAAUGUCACAACAGAAUUUACUCCUUUAAGAAAUAAGCGGGUCACAGAAUUGGCAGGACCGAGCAGAAAAAGUCUUGGAGGAGAUUCACCACAAACUCCGACAAAUUGCGCCGGAAGACCAUCAUGUAACUUCGAGCUAAUGGAUGAAAUUUUGGCCGAAAUUGAAGAUGAAGAUGAAAGGGAGUGUCUACGUGAAGUCAUCCUCGAGAUGAGAAAUAACCAAACACCGGAACUCGAAAGAAUCAGACGCCAGGCAUGCACGCCAAUUAAUAGAAAACUUCCAACACCUAAAGGCAUUCCAGAUUUUUGUACAACUCCCGAAUUCGAGCAACGAAUGUCUGAGGAGAUCGAACGUCGAUGGCGGUUACCAACAAAGAAACUUAAACCUAACACUCCUAUUGAGGAAAUUCGCAAAAGAAUGCUUCGCGCUACUUGUAAAAUGAUUGGAAUUGAAUACAAGGGUUACACAGAGAGCCCUGCUUCCACUACACCUGUGGUCAAACCAGCUGCAGUAGCUGCAAAUGAGACCACUACUCCACUCGCAGGAACUUUGUCACGCAAAAAAUCUUCCUUCCAAGAGAAAAUGGACUUUGAAGACUGUUCAACUAACAACUCUGCUCAGACGCCAGAGCUGAAACAGAUCAGUGAGUAUCUGAAAAAUUGUGAGUCACGUCGGCAGAGUAUUCAAAAGCCCAAAAAGCCACAAAUGUUCGACAACACUGAGCAAGAUGAUGGACGUGUUAUGAGAUUUGAAUCUGAGCAGUUUGGAGGUGGAACUGAAGAGAUGGUCACCUGGAAAGAUCCUACUGAAUUUUCGGUCUCUAGACGAUCCAAGAGUGCGUCCAUGCAGUUUGUUGGAACUCCGCGAUUCAGUAUUUCAUGCUCUAGUGAUUCUAUGCGUCAAGAAAUCAUUGAGAAAUCACAACGUCUUCGAGGAGAAAUUUCUGAGAAUCUGACCAAUUACGAUCCAGAAUGUACACAUUUUCUGUGCGAGCGUCCGAAUCGUGGUGAAAAAAUGCUUGGUUGCAUAGCAUCUGGUAAAUGGGUUUUAGGUCUGGCAUACAUCGAAGAGUGCUUCGCUCAAAAUUGCUUUGUAAACGAAGAACUCUUUGAAUGGGGUAAUCCAAAAGCAUUUAACCUACCAGAAUUGACAAAAGAAGAACAAGUAAUUGCCAAUGCUGCACAUCGUUGGCGUAAACAAUUGGCCGAUUCGGAUGAACCUAAUGCAGGUGCCUUCAGUGGUUUCCAUGCUAUUCUUAGAAUUUCUGAUCGUCAUAAGGAAUCUUUGAAAAAUGUCAUCAAAGCUGGACAUGGUAAGAUUCUUCAAGUUGAAUCGCCCUACUCCAGUUCGGAUCAGGUAAGACAUGCCACACAUUGUUUUGUCGAUGUUAAAAAGGCUCCUCUAACACCGUCCGAUUAUGCUGUUCUUAUGGAACAUGGAGUUAAAGUUCUAUCGCAGUUAUACAUUAAUGCAUAUCUGAUGAAUGGAAAGGACGCUGAUGUUGGCCCCUAUACACUUAAAAUUUAGGACAAGAAAAAUAUAAAAUUUGUUAAAAUUAACCACUUAUUGUUAUUUAUCUUUUAUUAUGAAAUAAAUUAUGAACAAAAAAAAUAUACAUAAUCAAAAUUCACCGUUUUCGACAUAA